AUCCGAGCACGUGAGUACAAAUACAGUAGUGGUUGGUUGACUGACCUAAUUCCUUGGAGGCCAAGAUUACUUAGUGUAUAAGAAUUCUGGUUGCAAAAGAAUUGUUAUUUAUAGUUCCACGAAAUCCUUGAAAAAUCAUAUCAAAUCGCCAUAAUUUAACAAGAAUAUAAUAUUUUAUCACUUAAUAUUUGCCUUCCAAAUAAAGCCAAUAUUUACCGUACGUACUUGAUUCUCUUGCCAUUGAACGAGGAAAUAAACGAACAAUAUAUUAUAAUAAGAAGUAGGAAAAGAAAACGAAAAUAUUGCAAUAUUAUAUUAUUAUUGCCUAAUUACUUACUAUGAGAUUAUUACGAUUUUGAGUUCUAUACAUACAAGAGGACUUGUGCUAAUGUGUUAUCUCUUCUCUACCCGCUUCGUAUAUUUUAUAAAUAGCCAGGAAAAUCUUAGGGUUGGUUUCUUGGUACGUACAAUAUUUUGUUUCUUCUUCUUCUUCUUCUUAAUUUGUAGUGCUUGUUCGUUUUGGUGUCAUGUACCCUAAUAAUAAGAAGCGUCGUUGUGGGAACAUGGCCGCUGGUGUUGCCUUCAAAUACUACAGUUGCAGUAGGUACAUAUCAUCACCAGAAUGGGCAAGUCUUCCUCUGCUGCCUGUGUUUUUGGUUCUAGAUAAUUUGUUUGAGCCCAUUGACCAUGUUUCUUUUGCUGCCGUCUGCAAGCAAUGGCGUUCUCUUGCAAAAGACUAUAAUCAAGCAACACAGCGGUGGCGGCAUAACAACCUACUUCCCAUGCUCUUGAUCCCUAAUGAAUAUGAAUGUCAAGGCGGCGGUGGCGGCAAGAAUAGCCUCCUCCUAACGAAAACUAACCACCGAAAAGCAUUAUACAGCAUUGCUGAAGGCAAAAUCUACAACAAUAUUGGAUUGGAAGUGCCUUUUAAAAAGAGGUCAUGUGGCUCUAGCCACGGUUGGUUUGCCACAAUAGAAUCCGUCACAGACCAAGGUCCGAUUAUAGCACUCCGGGACCCUUUCAGAAAUCCGGCAUCGCCCAUUCUUCUCCCUCUCUUGGAUGUCACACUCAUACCCAAGAAACGUGACAAAUACUUCCACGAAUUCAAUGUGAGAAAGGUCAUCUUCUCUGCUGACCCUGCUUUGAAUCCAGAAAACUAUGUGGUUGUAGCACUGUUACGUAAAGAUAAUCAUUUUGUGGGCAUUUAUGAUGAAUUUGCUUUCAUUCGUAUGAAAAGAGGCCGAAGCCAAAAACGUUGGACUUGGAUUAAGCCCCCACAUCCGGUCACUGAUGUUAUAUCUUACCAAACCCAAGUCCACCUACUUGGACAUCAGGGAGAGAUUUGGUCAUUAGAUGUCAGCCCUUAUACUUCAAGAAUACGACGACUAAAGCUGCUUACACAUCGGGACGCAGGCUUCCACCGUUAUAAAGCUACAAGAUAUCUUGUAGAAUCAACCAAGGGAGACUUAAUGCAUAUCGAAAGAGUUUGUAAACAAACACAAGGGGCCUACAAGAAUGUUAUGACUGAAAGCUUUAGGGUUUACAAAGUGGUGUUCGACGACGAAGACGGAUCUGUUUUACAACAUGUUGAGGAUGAUCAUUUCGGAGGCCAUUUUCUUGGAACUCACAAUUUCAGGCGGCGUGGGAACUCAAAAGUUGAAGAAACUGCUCCUGGUGUUGCAACAGGAAUGAUUUUGUCUCUUCAUGAAACUCUUCAAAACUGUAAAGAUACUCUUGCAACAUGCCAAUCCCUGAAGAACUCUGAGGAGUCAUUGAAAGAACAGUUAGAGAAAGCAAAGAAAAAGGAAGCUUCUCAGUUUUACUCCUACAAGCAAGAUGGGGAAGCAGUUAAUGGCUAA